CGGCUCCAACGGAAAUGGCGGUUCUGUCUUCUCUCUACGAUGCCAUCCUCUCUCCGAGCCCAUAUAAAAUCCCGCUACCGCCAUACCUUAGCUCAGCUCAAAACUCUUCUCGAUUCUCUUCUCCGUUUCCUCUCAGCAUUGAACCCAAUGGCGGAGAUUCGCCAGAGUUCAAACUCCGAGGACGAUCCUCCCAUUCCUCCGCCUUUCGAUCCCUCAAUCCCCUCAGUUCCGAUUUCUUACGCGCUGAAGACUCUAGAAGAGCUCGAAUCCAGAUCCUACUUCGAAUCCUUCCACUUCCCGUUCAACAAGGCCUCCGUCAAGCUCCCUGCAGCUUCCUCCGGCCUGCUUCCGCAACGGCCAAGGCUUCUGGUUUGCCACGACAUGGCGGGAGGAUACGGUGAUGAUAAGUGGGUGCAGGGAGGUACAAAUCCCGAUGCGUAUGGUAUAUGGCAUUGGUAUUUGAUGGAUGUAUUUGUUUAUUUCUCCCACAGUUUGGUUACUCUUCCUCCUCCUUGCUGGACAAACACCGCUCAUAAGCAUGGAGUUAAGGUUCUAGGGACAUUUAUAAUGGAGUGGGAAGAAGGGAGAAAUCUUGCCAAAAAACUACUCUCAACAAAGGAAUCAACUUUAAUGUAUGCAGAGAGACUAACUGAGCUUGCUGUUGCUCUAGGCUUUGAUGGCUGGCUGAUUAACUUGGAAGUUGAGAUCGAUGUUGGACAACUCCCUAACUUGAUAGAAUUUGUCAACCAUUUGACCCAGGCCAUGCACUCAUUAGUCCCCGGAUCUUUGGUUAUAUGGUAUGAUAGUGUUACCACUGAUGGUAAACUUAUUUGGCAAGAUCAGUUAAAUGAAAAAAAUAAGCCGUUUUUUGAUGUAUGUGAUGGAAUAUUUGUGAACUAUUCAUGGAAGGAAACUUACCCUAUGGAGUCAGCUUCUGUUGCUGGGGAGAGAAAGUUUGAUGUGUAUAUGGGAAUUGAUGUUUUUGGAAGAAAUACUUAUGGAGGUGGACAAUGGACGACAAAUGUGGCCCUUGAUGUGAUUAAGAAACACAAUGUUUCGGCAGCCAUAUUUGCUCCUGGAUGGGUUUAUGAGACUAACCAGCCACCUGAUUUUCAGACCGCUCAAACUCGUUGGUGGGGACUUGUUGAGAAAUCCUGGGGAAUCUCACAGACUUACCCCCAAGUUCUUCCGUUCUACUCAAACUUUGAUCAGGGUCAUGGUUACCAUGUUUUUGUUGAUGGGGUGAAAGUACUGGACGCUCCUUGGAACAACAUUUCUUCCCAAAGCUUCCAACCAUUCCUUACUUCUGGAGAACUUACAGCUGAAAAUAUCCAAACUUUUGUUGAUUUCAAGGAAGGAUCUUAUAGUGGUGGAGGGAGCAUCACAUUCAGGGGAACUCUUGAUGACAGUUAUCAUUUCAAAACAAAAUUAUUUGAGGGGAAGCUUCGUUUGGGAAAGUCACCACUCAACUUCACAUAUUCAGUAAAAUCAAGUGGGAGUUCUCUACUAGGACUUUACCUUGAUCUCUUCUCAUCCAAUUCUGAGAAGAAAACGUCCAUUUUGUUAGCAUCGGGCACAGACUCCUUGCUUACACACAA